AUGCUUCCUGUCGCUAUAAGUGUCGCGGGCAUGUACACGCUGCCGCUGUUGCUUUUGGUAUCGCUGUAUGGGGUUGAUUCGUGGGCGAUGCGAACGGUGACGUCUUACCAGGCUCGUGUAGAGACGUAUGCUCCCGUUUGGGACGACGACAAUCAGGUUUAUGUGUCUGGCAUCCCGGACUCCGUGUCUUCCAGUGGAAAUCUCACGUUUGAUGAGCGAUAUCGAGCCACAAUGGACUCUAUCACCACAUCCAGUAUCGAGGGAGCACUCAUGUACUUACAACGCGACUGUAUCGACCGUGGCUCCGAUCCAACGGACGAAUCGGUGAACUGUGAGCGCAAAAACAACGUGAGCGUUAUUACGUUCCUAGAGGUGCAGAUCGUGCAACCUAACGUUGCAUUGGCUGAGUAUCAGGAACAGAAAUAUAUGUACCCGGAAUUUUGUCCCUUUGUGGCGAUGGAGGACGGAGAAUGCGCCUAUGCAGACGUUCAGGACAAUGGAGACACGAGCUCUGACAGUAGCUCGAGUAGACAACAUCCACCCGAAUGCAAACAGUUCAAUGGACUUGAUGGACAGCCAAAUAUUGGACCAUGCGUGGGGGCCCAAGCUUUCUCAGCGGAUAUGGUGGCGCCGUAUUAUGAUACAGUAUGGUUCUCGUACCCAAAUAGUUGCGUGACGUCGAGCUGGAAAAACCGGAAAAGCGAAUCGUGUCGUGAGCAAUACCCUGGUGGACUGUGUCCGCUUGGGACGGAUCCUGAUGGAGUGAAGUGCACAUUUUCAUAUAAGAUUUUGGGUUUUCUGUCGAUUGAUCAACUAGUGGGGAUCACAGAAAUUAAUGCGACAAGUAUGGAUACACGUUUAAAUUCGGGAUCUGGAUCAUCAAGUUCCUCAGCGAUUGACAACGUUCAGAAAGCCUCGAGCAAAUAUUAUAAGAACUUUAACAUAUUCUGCAAAGCUGGCAACAUCGAGUUCCACUCAUACGACCAAGACAAGACACUUGGAUUGAAUAAUGUAACUAGCAUUCCGUUCUGGGAGAGUCCGUCGUCGCUCGAGGCCAACAUUGCACGUACAGAACAGACGAUCGCACUGUAUAACGCACUGGCGGACGAGUCGACGAAUCACAUGCAAAAGUUGCCUACCGAUCUGGAAGCGCUUCGUGAAAGGAACCCUCCUUGCUAUGAGAAUGCAGAAGUCUGCUAUAAGGCGCAGUUCGGCUGCAGAAGACAUUCUUAUGCACAGUGGCAUCUUCGCCACAUUGGCGGCACAAACCGCUGCCACCUCAAGUACUAG